CUUUCUCUCAACGCUGGCAUUUACUGAAACACCAACGUAUGCACACUGGAGAGAAGCCUUAUUCAUGUGAACACUGUGAAAAAGCAUUUUCUAACAGUAGUAGUUUACUGACACACAAACAUAUUCACACUGGAGAGAAACCUUAUUCAUGUCAACAGUGCGGAAGAUCAUUUCCCAGCUCACUCAUUUACGGACACAUCAACGUAUUCACACAAGAGAGAAACCUCACACAAAAGACAAUCCUUACUCAUGUGAACAGUGUGGAAAAGCUUUUUCUCACCACAGCCUUUUACUGACACACCAACAUCUUCACAGUCGAGAGAAAUGUCACUCAUGUGAACAGUGUGGGAAAGCUUCCUCUCAUAGCAACAGUUUACAGCCACACCAACAUGUUCACACUGGAGGAAAACUUCACUCAUGUGAACAGUGUGGGAAAGCAUUCUCUCGGCUCAGUAAUUUACAGAGACACCAACGUAUUCACACAGGAGAGAAACCUCACUUAUGUGAACUCUGUGGAAAAGCUUUCUCUCAAAACAGCACUUUACUGAAACACCAACAUGUUCAUACUAGAGAGAAACCUCACUCAUGUCAACAAUGUGGAAAAGUGUUUUCUCUGCUCAGUCAAUUACGGUCACACCAACGUACUCACACAGGAGAGAAACCUCAUUCAUGUGAACAAUGUGGAAAAGCGUUCUCUCGGCUCAGUUCUUUACGGACACACCACCGUAUCCACACCGGAGAAAAACCUUAUUCAUGUGAACUGUGUGGAAAAGCUUUCUCUCAAAACAGUGCUUUUCAUCAACAUCAACGCUUUCACACUGGAGAGAAACGUCACUCAUGUGAACAGUGUGGAAAAGCUUUCUCUCACAAAAAAAGUUUAUUGUUACACCAACAUGUUCACACUGGAGAGAAGUCUAAUUUAUGUGAAUAGUGCCAAAACUGCCAUCCUUUUGGUGCAAAAGAUUCAUGUCUUUUCUGUGCUAUGGAGUAUUACAUCUUAAAGCUAAAAAGUGUUAGUCUCUUUAUUUACUUUUUGGUGUCCAGAUUAAUUCAUGACUAUUUGAAGUUAAAUGGUAUUGACAUGCAUCUUACUGAGUUUUAUUAAAAAGUAUUAAAAGCAAUUCACCAUGUGACGAUGCUUAAUUGAUCAUAUAUAUCAGAACUACAUGAGACAUUAAUUACCACAUGCCUUCUCUUUUGUAAUAGAAGUCAUUUGAAUCUCCAUAUUAGAUUGAAAAGUGUAUAUAAUUUCUGUAGUGUAAUUUUGAAGUGGUGUUUUUUAUAUAUAUAAUUAUAUUAGAGCCUAAUAGCAACAGGCUUCUUUUGUGUCUUUCUGUGUCUGCUGCGAGUAAUGUUAACAGGUCUAGGUGAAUGUCCUAUAAUUGUUGUAUUUUGGCAAAAUUGUUGACAAAAAUAUUUAAGAUGGACUCCAGGAAACCUUUGAGUAAAGAGUUAUUAUGAAUUGCUCAUAUUGGACAGUACGUGGUCUACUCCAAAAGUUAGAACGGAACCAGAUGUCUAGCUGACGUAGAGAUUGCGUGGCUGUAUAUAACUAAAUGCUUUGUGCUUGUUUGUGUUGUUUCUGUUAUUAAAAAUGUUAGGUAGA